GACUUUUUUGACAUUUUUCUUUUGCACACCCUUUUCUCUAAAAGUGUACACGUUUUUGAUUGUGAAUUCACGAAAUUCGAAAUUUGUGCACAAAUUUCUUGCAAGCUAACAAAAAAGUUAGAAAUAUAUUGUGAAAAUGGCGUUAACUUCACGUUUUUAUAGCGAGAAAUAUCCCGAGGUGGAAGAUGUAGUUAUGGUAAAUGUUUUAUCCAUAGCCGAGAUGGGUGCUUAUGUCCAUCUGUUGGAAUACAACAAUAUAGAAGGAAUGAUUCUGCUGUCAGAGUUGUCUCGCCGACGUAUUCGUUCCAUUAAUAAGCUGAUUCGUGUUGGCAAAACAGAGCCGGUAGUGGUUAUUCGUGUAGACAAAGAGAAGGGUUAUAUUGACUUGUCUAAGCGUCGCGUAUCAGCUGAAGAUGUGGAAAAAUGCUCUGAACGUUUUGCCAAAGCAAAGGCUGUAAAUUCCUUACUUCGUCACGUAGCCGAUAUUCUAGAGUAUGAUUCAAGUGAAAAAUUGGAGGAGUUGUAUUUAAAAACAGCUUGGCACUUUGAGAAAAAAUACAACAGCAAAACUGUUGCCUAUGAUAUAUUCAAACAAUCUGUAACAGACCCAUCUGUGUUCGAUGAAUGUGGUUUAGAUGAAUAUACCAAGGAAGUUCUAUUGAAUAACAUCAAACGUAAAUUGGUUUCUCCAACUGUAAAAAUUCGUGCAGAUAUUGAGUGUUCAUGUUAUGGUUAUGAGGGCAUAGAUGCUGUUAAGGCAGCUCUGAAGACAGGGUUGGACUUGAGUACAGAAGAGCUACCAGUACGCAUUAAUUUGAUUGCACCGCCUUUGUAUGUUAUGACGACGGCCACAACUAAAAAAGCUGAAGGCUUGAAAGCUUUGGAAACAGCUAUUGAAAACAUUCGCAAUAAAAUUAUAGAAUCUGAAGGGGAAUUCAAAGUUAUAAUGCCACCUAAACUUGUUACAGCUAUCGAUGAAGCCGAUCUUGCACGUCGUCUGGAGCGUGCAGAAGCUGAAAACCAAGAAGUUGGUGGUGAUGACGAUGAGGACGAUGAUGGAGAUCAAGAAGGCAUGAAAUUCGAUCCUGAAAAGGAGUUCAAUCACAGAGGCGAACGUGCGGAUGCUCUCAAUGACAACGAAGAUGAUGAAGAUGAAGAGUAGUGAAUCAAAACUAUUUAUUAUUUCUCUUUUUUACUGCGUAUGGAUAUUAUUUUGUUAUCUAAAUCCACACAAGAUUGUUUCAUGCAGUACAUAAACAAAUGCUUUAUUCAAGAGAAGCAAAUUGACUACAACAAUUUAGUUAUGAAAUUACUAGUGCGUAUCGAGAAUAUGGUAAAAAAACGAAAGUUCAUAAAUAAAAUACUACGCAAGAACAAA